AGUUCCGGCGGCUUUUGCCUCGUAUGGGCCGCGCUCGGGAGCUGAGGCGGGCGGCCGUGGCGGAGCCGCGGAGCGCGGGGAGGAUCCCCGAGCGGUGUGCGGGCAGCCUCGGCCCGCGCGGGAGCGCGUCGGCCACCCCGGGGCCGGGCCUGGGCCCGGGCCGCCAUCCUCGGGGCCCGCCGCCGCCCUGGGCCCGCAGCGCUCGCGGGGCGCCCCGCCGAUGAUUCAGAAGUCGCGCCCGGCGCUGCUGCCGCCCCAGGAUGUGGGCGACACGGUGGGAACGCUCAUGCUGCAUCCGGGGAUCAAAGCGUUCCUGUGUGGCUCCAUCAGUGGCACCUGCUCCACCCUGCUCUUCCAGCCCCUGGAUCUCCUUAAAACCCGCCUUCAGACCCUGCAGCCCGCAGAGCAUGGGUCCAGGCGUGUUGGGAUGCUGGCCAUGUUCCUGAAGGUCGUGCGCACCGAGAGUCCUCUGGGUCUUUGGAAAGGGAUGUCUCCCUCCAUUGUGAGAUGUGUGCCCGGCAUGGGAAUCUACUUUGGUACUUUCUACUCUCUGAAACAGUAUUUCUUGCGAGGCCAUCCCCCUACUGCCCUGGAGUCGGUCCUGCUUGGCGUGGGCUCUCGCUCCAUUGCAGGGGUCUGCAUGUCGCCUAUCACAGUGAUCAAGACACGGUACGAGAGUGGGAGGUACGGCUACGAGAGCAUGUUCACAGCCCUGCAGAGCAUCUACCGCAGCGAGGGCCACAGGGGCCUCUUCAGCGGCCUCACAGCGACCCUUCUGCGUGACGCGCCCUUCUCCGGAAUCUACCUGAUGUUCUACAACCAGACCAAAAGCCUAGUGCCCCAGGGUAUGGACCAGCUGGAUGCAGCCAUUACUCCUGUUGUGAAUUUUGGCUGUGGAAUAAUUGCUGGGAUUUUGGCCUCACUGGUAACUCAACCUGCAGAUGUGAUCAAAACUCACAUGCAGCUCUCCCCGAUGAAGUUUCAAUGGAUUGGCCAAGCAGUGACCCUCAUUUUCAAAGAUUACGGGCUGCGUGGCUUCUUCCAAGGCGGGGUCCCCCGGGCCCUCCGCAGAACUCUGAUGGCAGCGAUGGCGUGGACAGUUUAUGAAGAGAUGAUGGCCAAGAUGGGCCUGAAGUCCUGACGAAAGGACCGGGGGCAGGGUGGGAUCUAUCACCCUGGUUGCUUUUUCUGCCAAGAGCUGCCUCGUCUCAGUCCCUGGAGUCAGAUGGAAUCCUGCCUGGUACACAGGCGGAAGGUCGUUGCCUCAACCACCCUGUCCGGGUGAGCAGAUGGA